AUGUCGGGCUUCGGGGAGCGGCUCAGUCAGCGGCAAAAGGCCUUCAAGAAGGGGGUCGAUGCCGAUGAUGCCCGGCGAAAAAGAGAGGAUGCCGCAGUGCAGCUUCGGAAGCAGACCAGGGAUGAGGCUUUGAUGAAGAAGCGGAUGGUCAACGACUUGCCUCCAGCUGGUCAGAUGCCCGAUCCCAUGGCAAUGGCACAGAUGACCGGCAUGGCAACGCUGCCAAGCAACUGUGCUGUGGAGCAAAUCCCGGCCCUCAGCCAGGCCCUGAUGUCCGAUGACCCCCAGGCACAGUUCAAUGCCACGCAGCAGUUCCGGAAGCUCUUGAGCAUUGAGCAAAACCCACCAAUCUCAGAGGUCAUCAAUGCUGGGGUGGUGCCCCGCUUCGUGCAGUUCCUGAGGGAGAUCAACCGGCCCGACUUGCAGUUCGAAGCAGCCUGGGUGCUCACCAACAUCGCUUCUGGCAAUGCAGACCAGACCCGCGUCGUUGUAGAGCAGGGAGCGCUGCCCAUCUUUGUGCAGCUGCUGCAGUCUCCCAAUGACGAUGUGCGAGAACAAGCUGUUUGGGCGUUGGGGAACAUUGCUGGGGACUCGCCCAACUUUAGAGAUCUUGUGCUGCAGAGUGGAGGCCUUCACCCAGUGAUGACUGUACUCCGAGAGUCUGAGAAGACCUCGAUGAUGCGGAAUGCAACAUGGACCCUCAGCAAUCUGUGCCGUGGGAAGCCUCCGCCUCCCUUUGAGUGGGUGUCGCCAGCACUUGGAACCCUAGCAAACCUGAUCUACUCUUGCGACUGCGAGGUUCUGACCGAUGCUUGCUGGGCACUGUCAUACCUAUCAGAUGGUCCCAACGAGCGCAUUACAGCCGUCAUCCAGGCUGGGGUCUGCCGCCGACUGGUGGAACUGCUGCUGCACACGUCCCCGCUGGUGCAGACACCUGCUCUGCGGGCUGUGGGCAACAUUGUCACGGGCGAUGAUAAUCAGACACAGGUGAUCCUGCAGAGCGGUGCUCUGCCAUCGCUCCUCAAGCUCCUUUCUCAUGCAAAAAAGGCCAUCCGCAAGGAGAGCUGCUGGACCAUCUCGAACAUCACAGCCGGAAACCGGGAGCAGAUCCAGGAGGUCAUUAACAACGGUCUGCUUCCUCCGGUCAUCCACUUAUUGCAGACGGCAGAUUUUGACAUCAAGAAAGAGGCCGCGUGGGCAAUCAGCAAUGCAACUUCUGGUGGAUCUCCGCAACAGGUGGAAUACCUGGUGGAGAUGCAGUGUAUCAAGCCGCUGGUGGAUCUUCUGGUUGUCUCAGAUGCUAAGAUCAUCGGCGUGGCUUUGGAGGCCCUGGAGAAUAUCCUGAAGGUUGGCAAGGACAAGCAACAAAAGCUUGGAUUGGCAGAAAACCCUUUUGCCACGAAGAUCGAGCAGGCUGAUGGCUUGCCCAAAAUCGAAAAUCUUCAGGAAGAUCCCAAUGAGGAAGUGUACCAAAAAGCCAUGAAGAUCUUGGAGAAGUAUUUUCCGUUGGAGGAUGAUGAUGCGGACAUCGGUGAGGAUGUCUCAAAUCCUCAGCAGUUCCAGUUUGGCGCGCAGGUGCCAACAGGCGGCUUCAGUUUUGGAUCCUGA